UCCGGCGGCAAAGGUCAAUACAGGCACUGAGAAAUCAAUCUUCCGAUGCAAGAUUUGGUUUACAUUUAAGGCAAGAACGGAGAAAGAAUCGAGCUAUACAUGCGCUUUGUUUGGAUCGGAAUACUCUCAAAUGGUAGGUCCGUUUCCUGAGCUUCCGAGAAAAUGCCCACAGAGAAAGCUUAUCCGACGCCUCGAAGUUCCGCUUACCUCAACGCGCUCACACAGGAAAUCCAGAAGAAGCUUCAGCCGGCGUUACAAUCUCCAUCGCAAAGACGCAAUAUAUUGCAAGAGUUGUUUGCUGAUAUAGCACUGGAAGUGGAUGAUCGAGCCAAAGGGAUAAUUCUCUGCAUAGAAGAAGAUGCAAUAUCUCCUGCAGAGGAUGAUAUUGAUGGUCCACUGUGCUUUUAUGAUGUACUUGCUGAUCACUACGUUAGGGUGCCUGAGAGUGGAAGACCAAUCCUUGAUUUGAUUGUCCAACUGUGGAGCCAGUCAUUUGCCUCACAUAUAUUUUCCCUUUUGUUCCACAAAUGGUUGUUUGAAGUCCAACUGGACAAUGCAGAUGUACUCCUUCGGUAUUCAUCCGCACUAGUUCAAGGUGCAAGAAAUGUUUUCUGGAUCGAUAUCCAGACAAAUACUAGGCAUUUUCAGUCCCUUUUUCAGUACCUUCUUGAAGAUGUUGUAAUGGAGCCCAUGAGGUUAAAUAAAAUUCCAGUACAGGUCCAGCAAGAUCUUUAUCUUUUACUUUCAAGGUUCAUAUUCUUUUACAAUGCAGUUGACAAGCUUGAGAGCUUCCUUAAGCACUGUCCUGCUUUUCCAAAUGCUUUCCUUGUUGGGAGACCGGCAGACAUAUUUGUUAUCGAACUUGCCGACCAGCUUCAGAAGUUAAAAGUGGAGCCAGUCCUCCUUCAUUACCUUUCACAGAUUAAGUUGCUCCAGGGCAUUGAACUUAGAAUGGCCACAAGCACGAGGUUGAAGACCUGUUUGUAUAGCUUCACUUCUCCUGGCGGUCCAAUGUAUCCUACAAGAGCUGUUCGUCAUGCAGCCUGGGAUGCCUUGGAUUUUCUUUUUCCUGUUGGGCGUUAUCCCCGGCACAUGAUAAGUUUGUUUUUCCGACUGCUAUACCCAUGGUAUUGGCCAUUCUCUUGUUGGAAUUUUGUAAUAUCUUGCAUAAAGGCAGUGUUCUAUUCGCUGUUGAGGAUUAUCAUUUCUAGAUGGGAGAAGAUGAGAUAGCCGAAGAGUUACUAAGCCUUGACUGUCCAAAGGUGCUGAAGGUUUAUUCUGUAUUUAUGCGCGUGCUUUUGCUCUUCCCUUCUUAGUCCUUGGUAUUUCGAUUAUAAAGGGUGCCUGUUUGUAACAAUGCUGCUAGAUCUCGAUUUGGAAACCUCGUAUGAAGCCAAUGCACACUAUUUUCUCGAGAUCACAUAAAAGAAAAUGCAUGGGUCAUAGAAAACCUCAGGAUUCACCACACUAUUGAGGAUCGAGGAAUCACAAACGGAUCAUGUAAUAUGAUCAAUAGUUAGUUUACUCGACAUAGGUUGGAAUUUAAAUCUUUCAAAAAGAAAAACGAGUUUGAUGAUUUGUAAAACAAGUGAAAAUCUGAAUGUUGAUCUAAAAACUUUCAUUUUCAAAAUGAAAAAUUGGUUACGUUCGUCUGAUUUUUAGUUUGCAGGUUAAGCCAUAAAGGCGUCUGAUGGUGAGGCGCUGAGGGAACCAUACAAAUUAGCCACCCUAAAAAAAAACUAAAAUUCAAUCAAUUCCAUGGUGCAGAAACCAGCUAUACUAGGGCCCUAUCCUAAGCCAGACACGUAUACAGCAUCCAGAUAAGAAGGUGCAAUUCAUUUUCCUGUGUUAAAAUCAGUGUUGUCAAUAGCGUCCACUAUGGCUUCAAAAGGACCAUUUUUGCUAUGCCUAAUACCUUCAAAGAAAAAGGUGGUAUUAACCAUCUUUUCAUCCUGAAAGAGAUUAGAAAAUUUUCCGAAAACUGCUCGAGUUAAUGAGCAAUGAUGCUUGAAGUUAAAAAACCAGAGAUGCUCCCACAAGGCUGCAUAUCAGCAAGCAAAAUCAUAUAAUCAAGCACCCAUCUCUCC